AUGCCCACCAUCGACUCCCCCGCCAUGGAAGAUAAACACUCCGACCUCAUGGGACUGCCAGUCGAGCUUCGAGAGGAAAUCUACGGACUCGCAUUCUCCGCUCCCUAUAUUUCCGACCAUGAUCUGCUGAAUAAGCCCGGUCCGCCCCUCGACCUACGUCUCACCUCAACGUUCGUCCACGCCGAGACGAUGAGAGCGUACAUCAAAGCACAAGCUGGCUUUGAGGACACAAGGAAGGACUUUAUUGAGUCUCUCCAAGACACACGCAGGGCUCGCCACUCCCACAACGACCGCAACUCCCUUGAUGCCGCCUCUGACCCUGGUAGACUCGCAUUCCUUGCCACAGUGAUGGCGAUACGCUGGCCUUUAUGCGAGCACGUUUGUGCUGAGCGUGGAUGCUACAUGUGCUCUUCGCCGUUCCACCGGGCCUGCUUCGGCUGUGGGAUGUGGCGGGCUCUCGCAUUCUACUACUCCUCCCGUCCGGACAAGACACCCCUGCUUGUCGAACUGGUAGGAACUUCGGUCGUGCAUACUGCUCUCGGAUUCAAGGUACGGGAGGGCACAGCGCUGUACAAGAUGGAUCGAGAGGACCUGUAUCGCCCGGCCUCACGGUCAAACGAACAUCUGCCGUCGCCUGCGCGGUCGAGGUAUUGGUGGGCGGUGGAGUUGGACAAGCAGUUGCAUGUUGCCAUCAGGUGCAAGAUUCGACGGAGAGCCGUGGAUCGAUACUGGGCUGUUCAGCCUUUCCAGAGAGAGUCAUUUGACGAGGAGACAAUAGCUGAGCUGGAAGACGAAGAUAUGGAUAGCUUGAGUAUGCAUAGAUGGACGUCCUAUAUGGAGGGUUCCGGCUGGGCGAGGGAAUUUGACUGGCAGAGCGCGUAUGCUCGCUUCGUGGCCGAGGAGCAGAGGCAGUUGGAGCUGGCUGGGAGUGACAAGAAGCUGGUGCCUUCGGAGUAA